AAAGAGACAACGAACUUUGAAUUUUAAUGGUACUCAAUAUUUCUUAGUAGGAUAAUUCAAUAUGAAAUCGUUUGGACAACACCUGUAAACGACGCUCUAAUUAGAAAAAUCCCAUAAAUAUCAAUAAUGCAACGAUAAUUUACGUUGUCUGGUGCUAAAACAUCGAAGAUCAAUAUCCUAGCAUUGUGCCACUUGUAGCAAGACUUCUCUACGUGCGAAAUGAAUUAAAUUAGUGGAUGGAAUUCCGUAAAGUGGACGCAUUUUAAUUGCUCUAAUUUCGUGAUGCGAUUUCAUGGUGGAUUAUUGCGGGUUUAUAGAGUUAAAGUGCUAAUGGAUAGUACGCGGGUGUCCGUUUUGAUUAUACUAUAGCUGAACCAUGGAGACGGAGUCAGUUCGAUCGGAAAUAAGCAGCCGGUCGAGGCGUAGUUCCCGUCAUAGGCAGCACACUCACCGAAGUACAAGGAGUACAAAAUCUCAAAGAAAAGACUGCGGCGACAACAUGGCACCGUUCCAGACUAGUGUAAAUAUUAAUCCAGAGAUCGGUAGAGAUGGCCAAGAGGUCAUUGAAGUCCAAAUCCUUCCUCAAGAUGAGAACUGGGGGGAAAAUACCACAGCUGUGACAGGAAACACUUCGGAAGGCUCCCAAUCCAUGGAGGAUGUUAGCAACUGGCCCAUGGAAUCAGAUAGUGGCUUAGGAUUCGUUUGUUCACGAUAUUUUGGAACAACAAUAGCUUUAGGGUUAACUUUUGUAUCCUUCGUCAGUCCUUUAGCAAUGGUUGUGUUACCUAAAUUGGGAUUUUUCCCCGGGCUAUCAGAUAAUAUCGCUUUACAGCCGAGUCAAAGAAUACAACUUCUGUCUUGUACGGCAGAAUGUAAAGGAAUUUUGCUGUCUUUAGCUUUCAAAUUAGUUUUAUUGGCUAUAGGGAUUUGGGCUGUAUUUUUGCGCCCAAGAAAUGCAGUUUUACCUAGAUUAUUUGUGUUCAGAGCUAUGAUGCUAGUAAUAUUAGCGGUAUGUUCGUUUUCGUAUUGGCUGUUUUACUUUGUGCAAAUAACUGAGGCGACAAAGGCUUUAGCAGUUGGGGAAGAAGCAAUGGACUAUACUUCAUUAGUUUCAUAUGUAUCUAGUUUUGCUGAUACGUUGCUCUUCAUACAUUAUGUGACAGUGGUUUUAAUGGAAAUAAGGCAUUUAGAACCUGUGUAUUAUAUCAAGAUUGUGCGGAGUCCAGAUGGGGAGAGCAGAUCAUACACUAUAGGCCAAUUGAGUAUACAGAGAGCUGCAGUUUGGGUGUUACAGAGAUAUUAUACCGAGUUCCCCAUAUACAAUCCAUACUUGGAAAAGAUUCCCAUAUCAAAGUCACAGAGGAAAGCACAAGCCAGUAUAAAGUUUUACGAAGUGGAUUCCAAUACAAAUACACAGUCAGGACAAACAAGAUCAACGGCGGGAUCUUGCACGGGCAGCGCGGGGCGGCGACGCGACUCAGGCUCGGCGCACAACGAGCGCUACUAUGAGGAGGCAGAGCGGGAGCGUCGCGUGCGCAAGCGCCGCGCGAGACUACUCACUGCGGCCGAGGACGCCUUCGCGCACGUGCGCCGCGUGCGCCUCUCCGCCGCCAACGGCGGUGCUUUGGGUCCCCGAGAAGCAGCGCAGGCUGUGUUCCCGUCGCUGGCGCGCGCGUUGCAGAAGUACCUGCGCGCCACUAGGCAGCAACCUAGGCAUUCUGCUGACUCUGUAUUAGCCCAUCUAGCUAGAUGUUUAUCUCAAGACGCGUCACCGAGAGCAUUCUUGGAACCGUUUUUGGUAGAAGGGCCAGUGCUGGCCGCUGAGCAGGAAGCCCGGCCUGUGCAGAGAUGGUCCUUGAUAUCUGAUGACCUGCUAGCCAGGCCGCUGGCGGACGGCGUGGAAUUUCAAUUGAGACAAGGUGACGUCUCCCUCAUCUGCUCUAUAAAGCAGUUGCCCAAAUUCAGUCUCUCGGAAGAGGUGGUGGACCCAAAGAGCAACCGCUUCAUUUUGCGACUCAACUCUGAGACCUCCGUCUGACAAGAGGAAUACCCACUCCGGGAUUCACACCGGCUGGUAUGACAUUUAGACUUUAUUUAAUUUGAGAUGGUGCGCCUGAUUAGAUAUGUGUGCACUGUGCAGUACUGGCCACUUUUAUGGCCGAUUCAUACCAAUUGCGUAUGCAGCAUGUACACGUGACACGUGCGUAGUGACACGCGUGAACCCGUAAACCUAACUGCACGCAUUACGUCUACGUGAACGUGGCACGCAAGCGGUAUGUCAUGUUUCAUGCAGUUCCAUACAUUACAAUGCAAUGGUACGCGCUACGUCUACGCUUACGCAGCCUGUGUGAACGAGCUCUAAUACUUUAAAAGUUGUAUUGCGAAAAUUCGUUUGCACACGU